UGCUAUUUAUUACUAUUAUUUAUUUUAUCAUUAUAAUAUUAUCAUUUAUUUAUUAUUAUUAUUAUUAUUAUUCGCGUAAUAGACAACGGUGUUGCUCGUCUUGUUGUUUUCCUCGAUUUGCGUUUCAACAUUAUUACUUCUCGUCCGGCGGGGGGGUCCGUCCAUCGUCGUUAUCGCCGCUGGUCCGUUGUUUUUGUUCCGUGUAGUGUACCCGUGUGUAAACUAUGCCGUAGUUGUUCCGCAGUAUCACUACUACGUACGUUUUUUUCUCUGGCUGUCUGAAAUUUUGAGUUUUGACAUUAUUAUAUGUAGUUCUUCUUGGCCGUACUUACUAAGUUUUGAUAUAAUUGUGCGCGGGUCGAGCGCUGGUUUCAGUGAUUCGAGCUGCAAGUCAAGAUCAUGAUUUGUGCCGAAGGUCAGAUUUAUUUCAACUGUCAGUUACAUGUUGUAUGCCCAGAAUUACUGUAACGGUUCGCCAGAAAAUAAUUGAGUAUCAGAUGUUGUACAACUUUUAUCAAAAAUGUUUAGAAAGGCAACGGCAUUUAUUGCCUUAAUAGCCUUUGCAACUACAGUAAAAUGUGACAUUAGCAUAUAUAAUAAAGAUCAGCAACAGCUAGAUUUAGAGUUUAAAGAUGCACAAUCUCUUUUUGGAGCGGAUAUACCUUCCGAUGGCAUUAAAGGUUAUAUUAUGAGUGCUGUACCUGAAGAUGGUUGUACUAAAAUUGGAUCUCCGCCCAAAAGUGGAAGUUGGUUUGCCUUAAUUAAAAGAGGAAAUUGUAAUUUUGAUGUAAAAGUUAGGAAUGCUCAAAAUAGCAAUUAUACAUUAGCCAUUAUAUUCAAUGUUAACUCUAGUAUUGUUGUGCCAAUGAAUGGUAAAAAUACAAGUGAUAUAGUCAUUCCGUCAGUUUUUGUUGGUGAAAGUACUGGGAUUAUGUUGAGAGACUACUAUGAUUAUCUAAACGGCUAUUAUGUGAUUAUAGACAAUAGUCAAUUCCCAUUUGAUAUAAACUUGAAUUUAUUGUUGCCAUUUGCUGUGAUUGUUGCGGUAUGUUUCUUCGCAAUGCUUGGGUUUAUGUUAAUUAAAUGGAUUAAAGACCGAAGACGAGCAUUUAGACAUCGAUUACCUGCAUCUAUUCUUCGUAAAAUUCCGAUCUCAACAUUUGUGAAAGGUGAUCCAUAUGAUACUUGUGCCAUAUGUUUAGAUGAUUAUAUGGAUGGAGACAAAUUAAGAAUUUUGCCAUGUGCUCAUGCUUAUCAUUGUAAAUGUAUUGAUCCAUGGUUAACAAGAAACCGACGAUUUUGUCCUAUCUGUAAACGCAGAGUUUAUGGCAAUAAUGAAGAUCUACACUCUGUGGCAUAUUCUUCAGAUACUGAUAGUGAUGAGCCCAAUGAUAGAACUCCAUUAGUUACACCUGGUAUUAAUAAUUCAAAUUCUUUGGGUGUUGGUACAUUCCGUAGUUUCAGAGGACGUGUGUUCACUCGUGGUAGAUCAGCUAAUACUGUUCCCGUGCAUCCUCCAGUUUUGUCAUCAAUAAAUGUAGCCAACGCAGACUAUGACACAGUAUCAUCUCAAACAGAUUCAUCAGAUUCAAUGUUAUCAGAUUAUCAAAAUCUGUAUGAUGCACCAGCCCAACAAUCGGUUUCAGCAUCCAUGUCAAAUUCAGUGAAUAAUUUGGCUCCAGAACUGAUGAACAACCCAGAACCAAGCAGAACAAAUGUGCAGAACCAUAUUGUUUAAACAGUUUUAUCAAGAAACAGCCUAAUUAUUUUUUUUUAUUGGACUUUUAUUAUAUUAUAUUGCUUUUAAAUAGAAACAAAAUAUGAUUUAUUUUUCUUCAUCAAUAUAAUGUUUUUUAGGUCUUUAUUUUAUUACUAUAAGUUUUUUAAUCAUAAACAUUAUUUUUAGUAAUGAAUAUAAACUAUUUUAGUAUUUUAGACCAAAAAAAAAAAAAAAAAUACAGACUAUUCAAAAUUUCUUCAAAUUUUAAAUAUUGUUCUCACUCCAUCGACAAAUGACUUUCAUAUUUACUUAAAAUUAUUUUAAUUAUUUGUCUUCUGAUAUAAAUAAAAAAAAAUAAUUAUUAAUUCAACAUGUGAUAAUUGUUAUGAUUAUAAAAAAUAGUUUUGUUAUUAGUAUUGAUAUAUGUGUAAAAAAAUACUAUAAAUUAAAUAAAUAUGUUUGUAAUUUAAUAUUCAUAUUUAUUUUGAUAAGUUGAAAAUAUCAAGCUUACAUUAUAUAAUGUUUUGUCAAUCCUAUAUUUACUUAUUAUAUGUAUAAUUUUUUUUUGUUUUGGUAAUAUUUUAAAUAAGCUUAUCAGAAUACCUGUUAAAAAUAUAUUUUCUUUAUAAGAAUAUUACAUUUGGUUAAAUAGUUUUAAUGUACCUGCAAGAAUGAUGUAUAAUUCAUUUAAGAUUAUGUUUUGUUUUUAUAUUAUUUUUCAUUAUAUUUUUAAAUAUUUAAAUACUUUUUAUAACAUAUAUUAUUAUUUAUAUUCUCUUUAAAUUUUAUUUGUGUAUGAUACAAUAUAAUGUACAGCAUGUAUUUAACACUUUGAAUACAUUAUUUAAGUAGAGAGUUUCUACUUAUAAAUUUGGUUUAAAUAAUUCAUUACUCUUGCAAUUUUUUUUUAAUUUUCUAUUGAAAAGAAAUUUUAAUUUACUUAUUUCUUUUUAAUUUUUAUAGUAAUCCACCUAUGUUUGUUUACAUAUUCAAUAACUAACUCUAAAAGUCUAAAAAUACUUAACAUUUUAUAAAUAAAGACAACUACAGUCGAUUCCGCUUUAUUGGGACACAUCGGUUGCUUGCUAUUUUGUCUCAAUAAUCUGAAAUAAAAAAACAAACAUAAAUUUAUGGAAAAACUGAUUUUUAUAUUUUUAUUAUUAUAAUGAAAUUAUACUAAAAUUACCUAUUUAUAAAAAUAGAUACAUAUAAAUAACAUUUAACACCCAUCACAUUUGAACAUACAAUAAGAUAGAAAGAAUGUAACAUAAAUUUAAUUUAAUAACCGAUUCGCAUUGUCGGACUAUUGAUCUAUUAUAAUAUUCCUGAUAAAAUGUCCCAAUUAUCCAGAUUCGUGGCCCGGAUAAGCGGUGAAUGUUUACCCUACAAGUAAACAUUUGUUUUCGUUAUUGACGAAUUGUCUCGAUUAAGGGGUUAUCCUUAUUAAGUGGAAUCAACUGUAUUAUUAUUUUUUACACAAUUUAUAACUAUUCAUUAGAUCACAAACAUAAUGUACAUUUAUGCUUUGUAAAAACAAUUAAGUUUCAUUUUAGUGUUUGUUUUUGAUAUAAUACAUCAUUUAUGUACCUAAUAAAAAAAAUUCUAAGUAUCUAAGUUGAAUAAAAUUUCUCUUCAAACAA